CUGUCAGUUGUGGUGUUAUUUUUGCUUCGGUGCUUUGCCCUAAAGUUCACCAGGGUAUAAGAAAAUCUGUCAAAAAUUUUUUUUUUAAAACACGUCGCCCUGGGUGGAAGUUUUUCUUUUCUGCUGUCAGAUGUCUUUCCAUUCAUUACCUUCUGCGUAACCUUUGUCCAUUUUGAUCCAAUGCAGAAUGGGAAUUAUUUUUGAAAGAUGACAAAUGUGGAAUUCUUGAAAACUUCAUAUAUUUAAUUUUAAAAAAAAAUUCAUACAUCCAAUUAUUUUCGAUACUAUCAAAUGUCCACUGAUUGCAAAGGAUUAUCACAAUCAUAUUAUAGACACGAUUUGACACCUUCAUUCAUUGAAGAAGACUAUGAUUCUGACUUGGGCAGCAGGAGCACAUCAAGUACUUUGUCAUGGACUGAUGAAACGGAAAAAGAUGCUGCAAGCAAACUGAAAGAACAUUUUGAAAGAUUUGAAGCAGCGCUGUACUCGGAGACAAAUGGCGAGGAUCUAACUGAUACCGAAAGAGCUGAGUGUAAUAUCUGGAAGGAACAUUUUCCUCAUUUAAGAGUUGUUGGCAAGAGAAUUAUUCCAAUUCCAAUUGACCCGAACGAGAAUUAUGAGCCUGAAUUCUACCCAGCGGAUUAUGAAGAAGUUUUGGCGUGUCACUCAGACAACCAUGAACCUCCUAAUACGAAGAAGAUAUCAAUACCGAGAGAAAAAUGCCUUCAACUCAUCGAUAAGAGUCAUACAAAGGAAGAGCUAAAGGACGCUGUUGUAGACAAGCUUUGCGAACGUGUUUUGCCAUCUGUUAUUAAAAAAAUUGAAGAGCUGUCUGCUGAAAAAUUAAUCAACACUCUAGCUAAAAAUGAAUCCAUCAGGAUAGAAUUGAAAAAAGAUUUAGAAAUAAACGGGACGUCGUACCCAGAUAAAAAAACACCCUCGUCUACAAAUUUCAGGAAUUCAUAUUUAAAAGUGGACGACUUGAAACAGCUGACGUCACAAAAGCUCAAUCAGUUGGGUAAAAAGUUUCCAACGAUAACAAUAAACGACUCAGCAAGUAGUACUAAGAGUUCAAAAACAAAGUUAAAAAGUGUACCUCAAUCAUCAGCUAGAAUUACAAAGAAAAAAUCUAUACCAAAUGAAUAUGAAACUGAAACUCCAGUAGAAAAUAUAUGCGUAACUCCUAAGAAAUCAAACCGACAUGGAAUUUUACCUCCCCUUGAAGCGCUAGCGAUCACACCAAAACUACCUUCAAAACGAGCCACAUCUGCAAUGUUAAGGUUUGCAAGAACACAACCGAGAGUCAGACCAUUUACAACGCGUAAUAAGACAAUGUUCUUACUGCCAGUGAAAAAUGGUUUUUCUGGCGUUUCCACCAAAGCACAGAGUGGCCUCAUCAACCCACUGAUCGAAGAGAAGAAUAACUACGCUUCCUCUCUUCCUCCUUACUCGGGAAGGAUUUACAAUAGGAGAUGCAAACUCCCGCCCAGAUGGAGGUAUUAGUGGUUUAGCUCGUAAAAUUGUAAGAGUUCAGAAUAGAAAUAGCGAAGCGACGUAACUGACUGUGAUAUUCUCAAUCAAAAAGUAAUAAAAUUUCAUCUCAGGGAAUUUUAAUAAUUUUAUUUAGUUACUUUUUAAAUUAUUGUAGUUUUUAGAUUAAAUAUUGACACCACAAAUAUAAAAUUAAAAAAAGAAAAAGUGUCCGUGCAGUAAAAUCAUUAAGAUUUUUUUUUUGUUACGGCUGUCUUGCAGAUUAUGAAAGAUUAUUUUUACAUCUAAUCAUAAUUGACAAACUUUUAGAAUAAUACUAAUAAUAUUUAUUUAAUAACACAUUGCUGCGGAGCUUCAUUCACAUAUAUUUCCUGAGGAUAUAAUUGGAUUUUUGGAUUAAUAACCAAUUUUUUACUGAGCACAAUAUUUAAUUUUUGAAAUCGAUCAUGUCAACCCGGUAAUCAUGAA